AUGCACAUACAACGAACGACGUUACGACUGUGCCUAUGGGCUUGCCUGGUCGCGAUAUGUUGGGCGGACCAACUCGCCCCGUUAGCCGAACCAGCGCAGAACCCUUGCUCCAGCAAAACUACCUGCAGCGACUGCAUACGAGUGGAUAGAUGUGCCUGGUGCUUCGCCGCCGGGUUUAACGGCCCGAGGUGCUUCGACCCUGCCUUAGAAGGAGGCACUGCGGGCUGCGAUGAAGCCUAUGUCUUCAACCCCGACAACGAGCAGUCCAUAGAUCAAGCUUAUAACAAGGAACUUAGUAACAGUAACUGUUCUCGACAUAAACCUGCUCCAGCAAAACAGCGAUUGGUGGCCAGCUGUACCUGGUGCUUCGCCACCGGGUUCAACGGCCCGAGGUGCUUCAACCCUGCCUUAGAAGGAGGUGCCUGCGAUGAAGCCUACAUCUUCAACCCCGACAACGAGCAGUCCAUAGAUCAAGCUUAUAACAAGGAACUUAGUAAAAUGCGGUCUCGCUCGAGCUCUAGUUCAGGCUCACAUGGAGACUCCGGUUCCUCUGGGGCCGACGGCAGUGCCGGCGGCGCCAUGCCCACAGCAGGCUCUGGCGACAACCUCGUUCAGAUCAAACCGCAGAGAGUCAAUAUGCGAUUACGACAGAAUCAAAUGCAUAAGUUAUCCUUCGCCUACUCGCGUGCCCUAGACUACCCAUUAGGGCACAUCCAGGGCUCCAGCAGCGACAUGCUCACCGAGACCCCUGACAACGUCGUCAACUUGGUGCGCGAGCAGUACAACAAAAUCACUUCGGCGGUCGAAAUUACAGACACAUCGAGUGACGCCACCCAAAUCGAUUAUUAUUCAUCCUGUCUUGACAAAACCAACGUAAUUAAGACGAAUAAGUGUGACGGAUUAAGGGUGGGUGAUGUCGUGGAGUUCACGGCUGAGAUUACUUUGAAGCAGUGUCCGAGGGACCCGAGCAAGUGGAAGCAGACGUUCGUCAUCCACCCUGGAGACAUCUCCGAGGGUCUCACUGUGGAGCUGGAUAUGCAAUGCGACUGCCCGUGCGAGCAUCGUGGCCAUCACGCGUACGACGACAGCCCCAACGUGUGUAGCGGGCACGGCAUCUCCGCGUGCGGCGUGUGUGCCUGCCAGCCCGGCAGCUUCGGCAAGUACUGCGAGUGUGUUGGCGGCGUCACCGACCAGGACCUCGGCUGCCACCUCACCAACGCCAGCUCCGGCGCCGAAUGCUCCGGCCGCGGUAGCUGCAUCUGCGGCGUGUGCGAAUGCGACAUGAGGUCCGAACCCACCGAGGUGAUAUCGGGGCCGUUUUGCGAGUGCGACAAUUUCUCCUGCGAUCGCAACAUGGGUCUUCUCUGCUCGGGCCCGGCGCAAGGCGAGUGCGUCUGCGGCCAGUGCCAGUGCAAGCCCGGGUACACGGGCGCUGCCUGCGACUGCCUGCUCGACACCCAGUCGUGCAUUCCGCCACAUCAAGGCUGGGCGAAUGCUGAGACACAUGCGACGCGGGCUCAUGAUGAAGGUCUCGAACCCUAA